AUGGAAGACGAUGACGAUCAUCAUCACGGCAAGAAGGAGGUAGAGUUGAAGCACCUGUGCAAAUACUGCGGCAAGCGCUUCCGUUGUGGCAGAUCGUUGGGAGGUCACGUAAGGUCUCAUAGAGAAUGGAUCUGGGAAAGCUCUCCUGAAGUUGAUGAUGGCGUCACCGGCAUCUACAAAAAGAAGCUCCGUCCUCUUUCGGACUACACUAUGGAGGUAACGGAGGAGGAUGGUGAUAAUGUGGAAGCUUUUCUGGCGUCGUUGGACCCUAACCAUGAAACAGUCCCCAUUCGGACUGUGUUAAAAUUGUUAGAUGAACGAGCAAUCGGUUGCCUCACCGCCCUUGUAGAACGCAAACUCCCUCACAGUCGCUUGGAUCUGUUUGCUUUUGCUAGCUGCAAUAAACCGCUCAUAUCUACCGCUGCUUCGAUGGGGUUUCACGAGGCGGUCAGGUUGUUUUUGCGGCAUGGGGUUCCUCCGACUUAUCAUCGUCAUCCAGGGCUGCUUCCCAUCGAUUACGCAUUACACUCCAGUUGUGACGACCAGUGGUAUUUGCAAGGCCGGUACGAUAUUAAUUAUCCGCAAAGGCUCUGUAGUUUGAUGCUCUGGCUCCCCGAAUGGAUCAGCGAAUAUUUCGAUUGGUGGCACACGGUCAAGCUGCUGGCACGCACCACCGAACAGGGGACUCUGGAGAUGAGGAUUCUCCAGUAUGCAAGGAACGUCCUAGGCGCGAAGCUGCUCUGGCUCCUGCUUGUCGUCCCUGACCGAGUUCUCUCCCCAACAUUCUUCAGGGACACCCUUCUCCAGCAGCGGUUUGGAACCGCCGCCUUGUCCCUCCGCGAUUUCCUUAUUGCCCAGUUUGCUUUUGUUACCGCCCUUAGCUUCACCAUUGAACCUAAUCGCCGUUUUCCUACUGACAUUGAUCACACCAUCGAUCGCAAUCGUCCUCCCCGUCCUGAGUCGAUCCGCGGGCAUUUGCGGUACAAGAUGUUGAGCCUCACUUGUUCCCUGCGAUUGCUCGAAGUCUUCCGCAGGGCUGGCCCCCAGUUGUGUCACUCGAUGGAAAUGUUAGAAAAGGAAAAGGGAAGGUGA